UUUUUAUUUUUCCCUCACCGACUUCUAUUUCUUACUCGCAUUCCAUUUUCUGAUUCUUAAAUCUCCACAGAUUCUUCUACACUAUACGAAAAUGGCGAAAUCCGUUGCUUUCUAUUGCCUUCUUUUGAUGUUCGUUGCGGUGUUCAUGGACGCCGCUUUCUCUUUGGAACAACCAGUGGAAGUUCCGCCUUCUCCAUCUCCUGAAUCUGCUGCAGAUUCUCCUCCAGUGCCCUCCCCUACUCCAUUCCCUCACGCUCCUGCUAGUUCUCCGGCGGAAUCACCUUUAAAAUCUCCUCCUGCGCCACCGCCCUCAGAUCUCACUCCCAGUCCAUCUCCAGCGCGUGUUCCAUCUCCGUCUCCGGCUCCAGCCCCUUCACUGACUGCCGACAGUGAUUUUCGUAACAGUAUUGCCAAUGGCGGUGGAGGAGAGACGGAAACUUCCAAGGGCGGGAUGAAUGGCGGUAAGAAGGCUGGAAUUGCAGUUGGAGUGAUUGCUGCUGCGUGUUUUGUGGGAGUAGGAGGAAUCGUUUACAAGAAGCGCCAAGACAACAUUCGCCGAUCUCAGUUCGGGAAUGCCGCUAGGUCAUCGUUCCUAUGAGGAACUAAGUGAUGACGGCAGCAUAUUUGCUCAUCUACCUCUCCAGCAGCAUCACCAUCUCACAGUGGGGCGUAUGAGGGAAAAGAUCUACAGCCAUUGCUUUUACAGGCCGAAAAGGCUCCGACAUCGGC